UGAGGCGGGCGCGCGCGCUAGGCUUACCCUCGCUCGGCGUCAGCGGCGGCGCCUUCUUUGUUUCGUGAGGAGAGACGAGACGCUCAUUCUGCCCCCGGCCCCGCGCGGAGGGGUGGGGGCGGCGCCGGGAAGGCGACGGCGCCGUCGACUCCCGCAGGAGACCACUGUCCGCAGCUCCCGUGAAGAUGUCCACUCCAGACCCACCCCUGGGCGGAACUCCUCGGCCAGGCCCUUCCCCGGGCCCGGGCCCCUCCCCUGGAGCCAUGUUGGGCCCUAGCCCAGGUCCCUCACCCGGCUCCGCCCACAGCAUGAUGGGGCCCAGCCCAGGGCCUCCCUCAGCAGGACACCCCAUCCCGACCCAGGGGCCUGGAGGGUACCCUCAGGACAACAUGCACCAGAUGCACAAGCCAAUGGAGUCCAUGCACGAGAAGGGCAUGUCGGACGACCCCCGCUACAACCAGAUGAAGGGGAUGGGGAUGCGGUCGGGCGGCCACGCCGGGAUGGGGCCCCCGCCAAGUCCCAUGGACCAGCACUCCCAAGGUUACCCCUCGCCCCUGGGUGGCUCCGAGCACGCCUCCAGUCCGGUUCCAGCCAGCGGCCCGGCCUCAGGCCCGCAGAUGUCGUCCGGGCCUGGAGGCGCCCCGCUGGAUGGUGCUGACCCCCAGGCUUUGGGGCAGCAGAACCGGGGCCCGACCCCCUUUAACCAGAACCAGCUGCACCAGCUCAGAGCUCAGAUCAUGGCCUACAAGAUGCUGGCCCGGGGGCAGCCCCUCCCUGACCACCUGCAGAUGGCGGUGCAGGGGAAGCGGCCGAUGCCCGGGAUGCAGCAGCAGAUGCCAACACUACCUCCACCCUCUGUGUCCGCAACAGGACCUGGCCCCGGGCCCGGCCCCGGUCCUGGACCAGCACCUCCAAAUUACAGCAGGCCUCACGGUAUGGGAGGGCCCAACAUGCCCCCUCCAGGACCCUCAGGUGUGCCCCCCGGGAUGCCCGGCCAGCCCCCUGGAGGGCCUCCCAAGCCCUGGCCUGAAGGACCCAUGGCGAAUGCUGCUGCCCCCACAAGCACACCUCAGAAGCUCAUCCCCCCGCAGCCAACGGGUCGCCCCUCGCCUGCGCCCCCCGCCGUCCCUCCUGCUGCCUCCCCCGUGAUGCCGCCCCAGACACAGUCGCCAGGGCAGCCGGCCCAGCCCGCUCCCAUGGUGCCGCUGCACCAGAAGCAGAGCCGCAUCACCCCCAUCCAGAAGCCGCGGGGCCUGGACCCCGUGGAGAUCCUGCAGGAGCGGGAGUACAGGCUGCAGGCUCGCAUCGCUCACCGAAUUCAGGAACUUGAAAACCUUCCCGGGUCCCUGGCCGGGGAUUUGCGAACCAAAGCAACCAUCGAGCUCAAGGCCCUGAGGCUGCUGAACUUCCAGAGGCAGCUGCGGCAGGAGGUGGUGGUGUGCAUGAGGAGGGACACGGCCCUCGAGACGGCCCUCAACGCCAAGGCCUACAAGCGCAGUAAGCGGCAGUCCCUGCGCGAGGCCCGCAUCACUGAGAAGCUGGAGAAGCAACAGAAGAUAGAGCAGGAGCGCAAGCGCCGGCAGAAGCACCAGGUGUGUCCCCGCGGCCGCAGGCUUGACCGUGUGCCUGAGUCGUCAGCUCUGCACUGUCGAGUCUUGGUUUUCCUCUCAACACGAUGUCCGAGUCUCUUUUCUGUUCAUUAUAAGAGUAUCCUAGGCACUAAGAAUACUUCAGUGGACAAAAACCAAACGGAAUACCUCAACAGCAUUCUUCAGCACGCCAAGGAUUUCAAAGAAUAUCACAGGUCGGUCACAGGCAAAAUCCAGAAACUCACGAAGGCGGUGGCCACAUACCACGCCAACACUGAGCGGGAACAGAAGAAGGAGAAUGAAAGAAUCGAGAAGGAGAGAAUGCGGAGGCUAAUGGCCGAGGACGAGGAAGGGUACCGCAAGCUCAUCGACCAGAAGAAGGACAAGCGCCUGGCCUACCUCCUGCAGCAGACGGACGAGUACGUGGCUAACCUCACGGAGCUGGUGCGGCAGCACAAGGCCGCCCAGGUCGCCAAGGAGAAGAAGAAGAAGAAGAAAAAGAAGAAGGCAGAAAACGCUGAAGGACAGACACCUGCAAUCGGACCUGAUGGCGAGCCUCUGGAUGAGACCAGCCAAAUGAGCGACCUUCCGGUGAAAGUGAUCCACGUGGAGAGUGGGAAGAUCCUCACGGGCACAGACGCACCCAAAGCAGGGCAGCUGGAGGCCUGGCUGGAAAUGAACCCGGGGUAUGAAGUAGCUCCAAGAUCUGAUAGUGAAGAGAGUGGCUCAGAAGAAGAGGAGGAGGAGGAGGAGGAGGAGCAGCCACAGCCAGCACAGCCUCCCGCCCUGCCCGUGGAGGACAAGAAGAAGAUUCCAGAUCCAGACAGCGACGACGUCUCCGAGGUGGACGCCCGGCACAUCAUUGAGAACGCCAAGCAAGAUGUUGAUGACGAGUAUGGCGUGUCGCAGGCCCUCGCUCGUGGCCUGCAGUCCUAUUAUGCCGUGGCCCACGCCGUCACCGAGAGGGUGGAUAAGCAGUCGGCGCUCAUGGUCAACGGCGUCCUCAAGCAGUACCAGAUCAAAGGCUUGGAGUGGCUGGUGUCCCUGUACAACAACAACCUGAAUGGCAUCCUGGCUGAUGAGAUGGGCCUGGGGAAGACCAUCCAGACCAUCGCUCUCAUCACGUACCUCAUGGAGCACAAGCGGAUCAACGGGCCCUUCCUCAUCAUAGUACCUCUCUCAACGCUGUCCAACUGGGCAUACGAAUUUGACAAGUGGGCCCCCUCGGUGGUGAAGGUGUCCUACAAGGGCUCUCCAGCAGCCAGACGUGCUUUCGUUCCCCAGCUCCGGAGCGGCAAGUUCAACGUCUUGCUGACGACCUACGAGUACAUCAUUAAAGACAAGCACAUCCUUGCAAAGAUCCGCUGGAAGUACAUGAUUGUGGACGAAGGCCACCGCAUGAAGAACCACCACUGCAAGCUGACGCAGGUCCUCAACACGCACUACGUGGCCCCCCGCCGCCUGCUGCUGACGGGCACGCCGCUGCAGAACAAGCUCCCUGAGCUCUGGGCGCUCCUCAACUUCCUGCUGCCCACCAUCUUCAAGAGCUGCAGCACCUUUGAGCAGUGGUUCAAUGCGCCCUUUGCCAUGACCGGGGAAAAGACGGCUGUGGGUUGUGGCCAGUGUCUCUCAAUGUCUGCGUGGCUGGGAGUGGCGUUGGUGUGUCUGUGGCCGCCGCGUUUUCUGUUGAAGGAGGUCAGCGGCCUGAGCCUGAUGACCGAGGAGGUGGACCUGAACGAGGAGGAAACCAUUCUCAUCAUCCGUCGUCUCCACAAAGUGCUGCGGCCCUUCCUGCUCCGGCGGCUCAAGAAGGAAGUCGAGGCUCAGUUACCUGAAAAGGUGGAGUACGUCAUCAAGUGCGACAUGUCCGCGCUGCAGCGCGUGCUUUACCGGCACAUGCAGGCCAAGGGGGUGCUGCUCACCGAUGGCUCUGAAAAGGAUAAGAAGGGCAAAGGUGGCACCAAGACCCUGAUGAACACCAUCAUGCAGCUGAGGAAGAUCUGCAACCACCCGUACAUGUUCCAGCACAUCGAGGAGUCCUUUUCCGAGCACCUGGGAUUUACCGGUGGCAUCGUCCAAGGGCUGGACCUGUACCGAGCCUCGGGGAAAUUUGAGCUGCUCGAUCGAAUUCUUCCCAAACUCCGGGCCACCAACCAUAAAGUGCUGCUGUUCUGUCAGAUGACCUCCCUCAUGACGAUCAUGGAAGACUAUUUUGCGUAUCGCGGCUUUAAAUACCUCAGGCUCGAUGGAACCACUAAAGCGGAGGACCGGGGCAUGCUGCUGAAGACCUUCAACGAGCCCGGCUCCGAGUACUUCAUCUUCCUGCUCAGCACCCGGGCUGGGGGGCUGGGUCUGAACCUCCAGUCAGCCGACACUGUUAUCAUAUUCGACAGUGACUGGAACCCCCACCAGGACCUGCAAGCGCAGGACCGUGCCCACCGCAUCGGGCAGCAGAACGAGGUGCGUGUGCUCCGCCUCUGCACGGUCAACAGCGUGGAAGAGAAGAUCCUGGCUGCGGCCAAGUACAAGCUCAACGUCGACCAGAAGGUGAUCCAGGCCGGCAUGUUCGACCAGAAGUCCUCCAGCCACGAGAGGCGCGCUUUCCUCCAGGCCAUCCUCGAGCACGAGGAGCAGGACGAGAGCAGACACUGCAGCACGGGCAGCGGCAGUGCCAGCUUCGCCCACACUGCCCCUCCGCCAGCGGGCGUCAACCCCGACUUGGAGGAGCCACCUCUAAAGGAAGAAGACGAGGUGCCUGACGACGAGACGGUGAACCAGAUGAUUGCCCGGCAUGAGGAAGAGUUCGACCUGUUCAUGCGCAUGGACCUGGACCGCAGGCGCGAGGAGGCCCGCAACCCCAAGCGGAAGCCACGCCUGAUGGAGGAGGAUGAGCUCCCCUCGUGGAUCAUCAAGGACGACGCAGAGGUGGAGCGGCUGACGUGCGAGGAGGAGGAGGAGAAGAUGUUCGGCCGCGGCUCCCGCCAUCGCAAGGAGGUGGACUACAGCGACUCGCUGACCGAGAAGCAGUGGCUCAAGAAAAACGAGAGGAAGUAUAUCCAGGACAUAAUAAGCAAAAAGAUGAGUCGUGAUGUGGCCAUCGAGGAGGGCACGCUGGAGGAGAUCGAAGAGGAGGUCCGGCAGAAGAAAUCAUCGCGGAAGCGCAAGAGGGACAGCGAUGCCGGCCCCUCCACCCCGACCACCAGCACCCGCAGCCGCGACAAGGACGACGAGAGCAAGAAGCAGAAGAAGCGUGGCCGGCCGCCUGCCGAGAAGCUCUCCCCCAACCCGCCCAACCUCACCAAGAAGAUGAAGAAGAUCGUGGACGCUGUGAUCAAGUACAAGGACAGUAUUCUUGCAAGGGAACCUUAACAUUGUCAAAAUGAAGAAGACCCUUGAAGGUCAGUGGGGAAGGAUGGACUUUCCAAAAAGUCAUGCUGAUCACUGGGAUAUCCAUCCAUACGGAGAAGAUGAAUAUUGACCCCUCCUCACGCCAUACACAUAUAUUAAUUUGAAAUGGAUUACAGACAUAAACGUGAUGUAAAUCAACUAUAUUUCAAUAAAUCUUUUUUUAAAAACCCAUAAAUGUGAAAGGUACAACAUGGGAAAAAAUUUUCAUGUCCUUAAAGGAGGCAUAGAUUUCUUCAGUAGGACAGAAACGCCACUGGCCAUAAAAGACUCACAAGUUAGACUUCACUCAAAUUAAGAACAUUUGUUCAUCGAAGGACACCCUCAUGAAGAUGGUGAAAAUUGCCACAGACUAGGAAAAGAAAAUUCAAUUUUAAAAUGGGCAAAAGGCAUGAACAGACACCUCCCAGAAGAAGAUACCCCAGUGACCAAUCAACGUGUGAAAAGGUGCUCGGGAUCACCACAUCGACGUCAUAACAAGAAGGAAAUGCACAAUAAAAUGAGCGUGAGGUGCCUCCUCACACACACCAGAAGUGUUAAAAGUUCCUUUUAGUACCACCAAGGACGUGGAGCAGUAGCACCUCACACCCUGCUCAUGGGAGCAUGUGGCUCUGGGCAGUAUCUUCUGAAGCUCGACACACAGAUAACGCUUCUGACCCAGCCACUCCCGUCCUAGUCCUGAAUGCAUACAUCCACCAGAAGACAUGUACAGGUGCAUCCAUAGCAGCUUUGAUCACGACUCCCCUAAAGGAAACAGCCCAGUGUCCACCCACAGGAGAACACGUCCACAGUGGCCUAGUCGAAGAACAGAAUUCUAACAGCCACGAGAACAGACAAGCUACCACUCCCUGGGAGAAUCUUACACUCUGUUGAGUGAGAGAAGCCAGACACAGAAAAGUACCUGUCGUAUGCUUCCAGUUAUAGGAAGUUAAGCUGACCGACGGUGAUGAGCAUGGAUCAGUGGUUACCCCAAGUUGGAAUUGACAGGGAUGGGACGCCAGGGAGCCUCCUGGGACGUUGGGAUCUUGGUCUGCACAUGAAAACCUUCGCCAGGCUGUACACCUAAGAUAAAGAUGUGCGGACUUUCCUGUAGUAGGUUACACCUCGGUUUAAAAAUAGUAGACACUUGAAAUCGGCACCCUGCACUCAAUAAGGCCUUGGAUAUUUUCAAACUAAAAGUAUGUCAAGUGUCAGUCCACUUUCUUAGUCAUCCUAUGACUUAGAGAAAAGGCACUGUGCUUAGCUGAAGGUCACGUGACAGAAGAGAAGCUGGCUCCCCUGGCUGCUGCAAACAGCUGUUCUCCCAGGCCCAUGCAAGAUUGGGUGAUAAAUCGGGCAAUGAAUUAAAACUAGCUUUUAGGGUUCAGGGACAUCUUGUCAAGACUGGCCUGUGUCAGGACACCAAGAUCCUGGUAGGGAUUCUGAGAUCCAGCCUGAUGAGAGCCCUGACACUGCAGUCACAGAGCUGAGCUCCCAGGUCUGUCAGACCCACGUGGUGGUGCCUCCGGGGAGGGCUUGAAGCAUGGCGUAUGCUUAACCUCACGUCCUCCUGGAACAAUGGCCCCACUGGACGGGGAGUUCGACGUUAGACUGGGGAGAACUGCAAAGGAGUUACAAGUGGGAUGGAGAAUAUGACCAUUCCAGGAAGCCUCCUACACGCUGGCUUUGAGAAACGUUUGGUUCUCAGUUGGAGCAGGGCCUUCCACUCGCUGGUUUGCUGGUGGCCACACAGGAAGAGAUCAAACAAGGCACGUAAACUCAGGAAAAUAGUCACAUCAUCCUGGUUGAAACGUUGCUUCAUGGAAAAUGCUUUCAGAGAUGAUGUUUGGGUACAAACUUGACCUACUUAAUGGACAUUUUUGACAUUCUUAUCAAAACAUAAGAAUUUGAAACCAUGGGGAAAACUACAAUAUGGUUCAUGCAGCUGUAGGGUUAGGCACAGUCUGUAGACCACGCUGUCUUCUGACAACAACUGCAGAGUUCAGGGUCCCCAAGACCACCCUCAGUCUCGAUAAUUUCCCUAGAAGGACUCUCAGCACUCUCUGAAAGCUGGUGUACUCACAGUUAUGGUUUAUUACAGCGAAAGGACACAGAUUAAAACCAGCCGAGGGGAGAGGCGCAGGGAGCAGCGUCCUCCCCGUGGAAUCACCGGGCCACAGUGACUUUCCUGGCAACAUUACGAGAAGAUGCGCACAGAGCAUUGCCAGUCUGGGAAGCCUUGGUGUCUAGCCUUGAACUUGGUCAGUAUACCCGGCCGACCUCCCACGUGGCUGCCCAGUCUCCAGUCCCUCUGUGGUUGAACCGAUGCUGCUUGACCCGACGCCCCUGCCUGGAAUCACACUUAGACUGUGCCAAAGGCCCCCAGCUAAACAAAGGUACCCCACCAGGCGGGACAUUCAAGGACAGAGACAUGGCCUCCCAGGAGCCAAGGGCAAAGGCCAGACCUUUCUUUGGGCCAGGUUAAAUUCUUUAUGACACAGCUGUCACGUACCUGGAAGGUUCUGAGGGACUGGCCACCACGCCAAGGAGAACAGGAUUGGAACAAAACCAGAGGUAGCUUGACGUGCACUUUCUUGUCUCAGACUUCCGAUUGCUCCUUUCCAGAAGAGAAAAUGAAGCUUUGGAUUUAAAAAUCCCAUUUGCUUGCUAGAACCCUGUGAUUAGCUAAACUCUGUACUUGAAUUAAAUGUGGAUCCUGAGGAGAGAACUUAUUGUUACAGCUUGGUUCUUCCUGGACACCAAAGACUGAUUACAGGACAUCGCCAGCGUUUGGAUUCGGAGUGGGGAGCCCGCCUUGCUGAGCAGGGGCCGUGGCGCUGCUCUUCCUGCCCCCAGUGACCAUGGUGGGAGUGGGGUUGCACCUCGAAGCAGUGACUCCAGAGAGAAGCGGCUCGGCCAUGCCUCUGCUGCUGAGUCUGAGCAGGGCUGUCCCGCCCCCAAUUUGCACCACUCCAAAUGUUGCUACUGAGUGUUGAUUUCAAGAUCCCUACCCCCCCACCCCCCACCCCAGUGGUGUUAAAAUACCAGUGCCGUCGUGUUUGAUAGAACCUUUGCAUGUACAUCCUGAUCUGCACGCAGGUAAUGUCCUGA